AACGGAGGAAAAAUAAUAAUGGGAUGGGAGUAUUUAAGGAGUUUGGAUUGUUCCUAUUUCGCCGUUCCUCCACUCCCGUCUCAAUCCAGCCUUUGCUUUUUCCAGAGAGAAAGGAGUACGGAACCAGAGAGGCAGCCGCUGCUGUCUCUUCCAUCAUAAUUCUGAAGCCUCUCGCCCGGAAUAUUCCCUCAUGGACAUCCGCCAGAGACAUCCCAAACCCGCCGUCCACCACCACCAACUCCACCGGAAGCCUUCCUCCGCCGUCGAUCGCUGCCCUUCUCCCACCCCCAAGGCAUCCGACGCUCUCCCGCUCCCCCUCUACCUAACCAACGGCAUUUUCUUCACCCUCUUCUUCUCCGUGGCCUACUUCCUCCUCCACCGCUGGCGCGACAAGAUCCGCAAUUCUACGCCCCUCCACGUCGUCACCCUCUCAGAACUCGCCGCCAUUGUCUCCCUCAUCGCCUCCUUCAUCUACCUCCUUGGCUUCUUCGGGAUUGACUUCGUCCAGUCUUUCAUCUCUCGCGCCUCCCCCGAUUCCUGGGAUGACGUGGAGGGAGAAGACGAGCCGCCCCGCUUCAUGAUCGGCCAAGAUCGCAGCCGCCGCCCGGCAUCCCUCGAUUGCAGCAUCCGCACACCCACCCCGGUUUCUAAAGUGGUGGAUCUUCACCGGAAUCCUCUUUCCUCCCCCGACGAGGAGGAGGAGCUGGUGCAGAAGGUCGUGUCGGGCGAAAUCCCUUCGUAUUCUCUGGAAUCCAGGCUCGGAGAUUGUCACCAGGCAGCUUCCGUCCGCCGCGAGGCGGUGCAGAGACUCACGGGGAGGUCUCUCUCCGGCCUGCCCCUGGAGGGGUUCGAUUACGCUUCGAUUUUGGGGCAGUGCUGUGAAAUGCCGGUGGGGUACGUGCAGAUCCCGGUCGGGGUUGCGGGGCCCCUGUUGCUCAACGGCUGCGAGUACACGGUGCCCAUGGCCACGACGGAGGGCUGCCUGGUGGCGAGCACAAACAGAGGGUGCAAAGCCAUAUAUGCAUCUGGUGGAGCCACCUGUGUUCUUCUGAGGGAUGGGAUGACCAGGGCACCCGUUGUGAGGUUCCAGACCGCCAAGAGGGCCGCCAAUUUGAAGUUCUUCUUGGAGGAUCCCCUCAAUUUUGAGACUCUGGCUAUGGUUUUUAACAAAUCUAGUAGAUUUGCUAGACUGCAGACGAUAAAGUGCUCGAUUGCUGGGAAGAAUCUUUACAUAAGAUUUAGCUGCAGCACGGGGGAUGCGAUGGGGAUGAAUAUGGUGUCCAAAGGUGUCCAGAAUGUUCUGGACUUUCUUCUCAACGAGUUCCCAGACAUGGAUGUCAUCGGUAUCUCUGGGAAUUUCUGCUCAGAUAAAAAACCUGCAGCUGUGAACUGGAUUGAAGGGCGUGGAAAGUCGGUAGUGUGUGAGGCAGUCAUACCGGAGGAGGUGGUGAAGAAGGUGCUAAAAACCACAGUGCAUUCCCUGGUAGAGCUGAACAUGCUUAAGAACCUUACUGGCUCAGCCAUUGCCGGUUCUCUUGGCGGCUUUAAUGCACACGCUGCUAAUAUAGUGUCGGCAGUUUUCAUAGCCACGGGGCAGGAUCCAGCACAGAACAUAGAGAGCUCUCAUUGCAUCACCAUGAUGGAGGCUGUGAAUGAAGGGAAGGAUCUUCAUGUCUCUGUCACCAUGCCCUCCAUUGAGGUUGGUACAAUCGGGGGAGGGACGCAGCUAGCUUCGCAAGCAGCGUGCCUGAACCUGCUAGGAGUGAAGGGGGCGUGCAAGGAGUCGCCGGGGGGGAACUCGCGGGUGCUGGCAACGAUCAUUGCGGGUUCAGUCAUGGCGGGGGAACUGUCGUUGAUGUCAGCCAUAGCAUCGGGGCAGCUGGUGAAGAGUCACAUGAAAUACAACAGAUCCAGCAAGGAUGUCACCCAAGUGCUGCCUGCCACCUGCAUGCAUGCCUCAACACCAAUGAAUGAUUGAAUGAUUGAAUGAAUGUGUGUUUGCUGU